UCUCAAGUCCAACCCAGGAUCCUCCCUGCCGCUUCAUCUUCUUUGCAGAGCUCCUGUCAUCCAAAAGCCCACGGCUCGCUACUCGCUAGUCGCUACCUUCACCGCGUUCUUCACUGCAUUUCACCAAGAAUACAUUCAAUUGAAACGGGUCCCGUUUUGUGUAUCCCAGUUCUGAAUUAAGACAGAAUUAAUUCGUGCUGAUAUUUUGAACGGAUCUCAUAAUUUUGAGUCCAUUCGUGCUGAUUCUUUGAACGGAUCUCAUAAAUUUGAGUUCAUUCGUGCGGAUCCUUUUGAGUGAAUUGGCCAUCGCCUAUCACCAUCUUACAUAGCAUAACUUUCUCAAUCAGUCAGGCUCCCUUAUGCGUACUGCUUCUUUAGUGAAUUAUAGUGGAUUUCGGUUUCUUCGAAACUGCAUCAACGGACUUCUUCAACUUCCCAGCACUUUCUCUAUACCGUUCUCUCUGCAGUCCAGCUUUCACAUAUUAACUUUAAUGGAUUCACACAAAAAUUCAACCUCUUCUUUUUCUGUGUUUGCACCUUCAAAGCACAGCCACGGUAGAGGGAGAGGAUUUAAUGCAAGGGGUAACCGUGAGAGGUCGAGCAGUCUUGGUGGUGGCUCUGAAAAAGAUAAAAUUGAUGCUCUUGGUCGAUUACUAGUUCGAAUUCUUCGUCACAUGGCUUCAGAGCUAAAUUUGAAGAUGAGGAGCGAUGGGUUUGUCAAGGUCCAAGAUCUAUUGAAACUACAUCUAAAAACAUUUGCCAAUAUUCCGUUGAAAUUGCACACAGUUGAUGAUAUGAAAGAGGCAGUCAGAAAAGAUAACAAACAAAGGUUAAGCUUGUUAGAAGAAAGUGGAGAGCUUUGGGUACGUGCAAAUCAAGGGCACUCAAUAAAGAUGGUUGAAACAGAAAGCUUGUUGAAACCAAUCAUUUCAGCUGACGAAGUGCCAGUUUGUGUGCAUGGGACCUACAAGAAGGAUAUGCAAUCGAUUUUAGAGCAAGGUCUCAAACGCAUGAGAAGAUUGCAUGUACACUUCUCAUGUGGCUUACCAACCGAUGGUGGUGUCAUUAGUGGAAUGAGGCGAGAUGUCAAUAUGCUCAUCUUUCUGGAUGUCAAAAAAGCAUUGCAAGAAGGAAUGAAGCUUUACAUCUCUGAAAACAAAGUCAUCCUGACUGAAGGUUUUGAUGGAGUAGUGCCUGUGAAGUAUAUUCAGAAAAUAGAAUCGUGGCCAGACAGAAAAUCUAUAUCAUUUCGUGCUGUUUAGUGUUUGAUGAUCCCUACAUUUUUGUAUUUUCCUAUAUAUAUAUACUAUUAUUAUUGUUAUAUAUAUAUAUAUAUAUAUAUAUAUAUAUAUAUAUAUAUAUAUGAUUCCGGUGAAAAUUACAAAUCGAUCACCUUUUAUCCAUUGUGAUGCACUAUUAGGUUUCUAUAUUGCACUUUUUCACAAUGACGUACAAUUUUGAAGUGAAAAAGAUGAGUUUUGAAGUGAACCAAAUUGA